CUCCUCCACCACCAAGCCUGCAGCUUUAUCAUCUUGACUAACCUGUCAGCUUUAUCUUGACCAAAGACCAAACCAAAGAUGUCCAGCAUCAUCAAGUUGUUUCUGUUCCUGGCCGUCGCAGUCUGCAUCUCUGCAGCUCAGCUGAAUGAGCCUGGACAGAGCUGUCUUUGUCAGCGUGUCAGAAAUGGCAUUUCUUCGAAGUCUGACAUCAAGGACAUCCAGAUUUACCCUGCAACCAUCUUCUGUAACAAAGUAGAGAUUGUUGUGACGAGUGGAAAAGGGUACCGCUACUGUCUGAACCCUGAGCUGAAGGCUGUGAAAAGGAUGCUUACCAAAGUCAUGAAUUCAAAGGUCACCACCCCUUCCAACCCCACCACUAUCAGCAGCAGCGCAAGCAGCAGCUCCACCGCUUAGAUCCGAUUUUUCAAGCUGAACCAGAACCUCACCUCACCUCCAACUGCAAAGUCACCUUCAAUGUGGACUGCAGAUUCCUAACGUCGAUAAACUAUAUUAAUGUGUUUUAUUUAUGCAAAUGUGUACAUGCAACACUUCUUUGCUGAAUGUAUUUUGGAUUUUUUUUUUUUCAGAAAGGAUAAUAAUUAUUUUUGUGCU